AUGCACAAAAGUCUUGUGGCAGCGGCCGUCUUGGCCGCUACCGCCCGGGCUGCUACCGUCUCGGAGCACAAGGUCAACGUUUACUGGGGACAGGCUGGAAACACUAGGCUCAGGGAUCACUGCGACCAGGCCAACUUCGACUAUGUUACUAUCGGCUUCGUCAACAACUCCCCCGAGCAGGACAAGUCCGGCCUGAACUACCCCGGUACCAACUUCGGCUCUCACUGCGAUGCCACCUACUACACGAACUCCAAGACCAACGUGGCGUCUCCUCUGCUCAGCAAGUGUACCGUCAUUGCGGCGGAUAUUCAGUACUGCCAGGAGAAGGGAAAGAAGGUUCUGCUCUCCGUCGGUGGUGCUUCGGCCACGGGCUCGAACUAUUCUCUCUCGAGCGAUGUCAAGGGUCAGGAGUUUGCCAGCUUCUUGUGGGGAGCCUUUGGUCCCUAUGAUUCCAAGUGGACGGGACCCCGUCCCUUUGACUACGCUGGUAACCACGUCUCGGUUGAUGGUUUCGACUUGGAUAUUGAAGUCAAGUUCAACACAGUCGGCCAAAAUGCUUAUGUCGCUUUGGCUAAGAAGCUUCGCGAGUUGUACAACGGCAACAGCAAGUACCUCCUUACCGCCGCUCCCGAAUGCCCGCUUGAUGUUGCCAACUUCAAGAUGAAGUCCAUCAUUGCCAACGCCCAGUUCGAUGCCCUCUUCAUCCAGUUCUACAACAACCCUGGCUGCGCGGCUGCCUCGACGGCUGGCUUCAACUAUCUCGCUUGGGAGGCGGCCAUUGCCACCGGCAAGAGCAAGAACGCCAAGCUCUUCAUCGGUCUUCCUGGCUCCUCUGACGCCGCCGGCUCUGGCUACGUUGAGCCCGUCAAGGCUGCCGCUCUGAUCAACACCUACAAGACCCGCGACUCUUUCGGCGGUGCCAUGAUCUGGGAUGUCUAUUACGGCCAGGAGGUGACCAACGGAAAGACCUUCGUUGAUGCGAUCAACACCGCCUGCCACGGUACCGCCAACCCCACGACUACUACCACCGCUGCCCCGGCUCCCACUGCCAUCGGUUGCACGGCUUACCACACCGUCACUCCCGGUGAAUUCUGCUAUCUGAUUGCCCAGAACUAUGGCAUCACUGUUACCGAGCUCAUCAGGUAUAACCCUGCCUUGGAUGCGGCCUGCGCCAUCCAGGUUGGUCAGAAGUUGUGCGUCAAGCAGGGUAUUGUUACUCUUACGAGCACCAGUGCCUCUGCCACCACCACUACUAGCACCAGCUCCAGCUCGUCGGUCGAGUCUACCACCUCCACUAGCACCGAGGCUCCUUCCAGCACUGAGACUUCCACCAGCACCGAGGCUCCUUCCAGCACCGAGGCCGUUUCUUCCACCAUCACCUCUGCUCCCGCUACUGUGACCUCCUCUGCUACCGUUUCCGAGUCUGCCUCCGUCAUCGUCAGCGAGUCUGCUUCCUCUACCAUCACUUCCGCCCCGGUUGUGAUCUCCAGCAGCGCUGUCAGCUCUGAGGUCCCCACCUCCACUGAUGAGGACAGCUGCGACGAUGAGACUACCACCUCUUCCGAGAUCGUCUCUUCCACCGAGGCCCCUGUCGUCUCUGCUACCGAGUCCACUAUCGUUUCCGAGACUGCUUCUGCUACUGAGUCUGCUUCUGCUACUGAGUCUGCUUCUGCUACUGAGUCUGCUUCUGCUACUGAGUCUGCUUCCGUCACCGAGUCUGCUUCCGUCACCGAGUCCAGCCUGAUCAGCGUCAGCUUCAGCACCGAGGUCCCCUCCGCCACCGAGGGUCCUUCCGAUGGCUCUUCCACCACUGUUGAUCCUUCCAUCAUCACCUCUGCCCCCGUCGACGUCGUUAUCCCCAGCGGCAGUGGCAGCUCCGAGAUCAUCAGCAGUACCACCACUGAGGACGACUCUUGCGAUGAUGAGACUACUACCGAGGCUCCUGUUGGUUCCGCUACUGAGUCCGCUGUUGUUUCUUCCACUGAGGCUCCUAUUGUCUCUACCACCGAGUCUGCUGUUCCCUCUAACAUUGUUAGCGAGAGCAUCAUUCCCAGCGGUGUCGUUCCUAGCGGCGUUGUUUCCAGCAUCAUCUCCGAUGUCACUGCUGGCCCUACCGAUGGCAACAGCGUCGUUGUUCCCUCUGCCUCCGUCUCCGUCCCCGCUGAGGGCGGUAUCUCCUCUGCCCCUGGCGCCGGUGUCACUUCCGCCCCCGCUGAGGAGUGGACCACCUCGACCAUCUACACCACCACCACCUCUACCAUCACCAGCUGCGCUCCUGAGACCUCCGCCAGCGCUCCCACGGGCAUCAUCACCUCGGUCCCCAUCGAGUCGAUCCCCGCUGGCUUCACCACCUCGACCAUCUACACCACCACCACCUCCACCAUCACCAGCUGCGCCCCCACCGUGACUGACUGCCCCGGCAAGAUCGGCCAGGUUACUACCAUUGUCGUACCCGUCGGCGUCACCGUCUGCCCCAUCACCGAGGCCUUCCCUCCCGCCACCUCGGUCCCCGCCGCUCCCUCCGCUGGCGCCCCCGGUGCCCCCGGUGCUCCUGCCGUCUCCGCUCCCGCCGUUCCCUCCGGUGGUGCCGGUGUCCCCGCCGUCUCCGCUCCCGCCGUUCCCUCCGGUGGUGCCGGUGUCCCCGCCGUCCCCUCCUCCGGUGCCCCUGGCGCUGGUACUCCUGAGGUCGAUACCACCUCCACCACCUCCGUCACCUCCGUGCACUUCACCACCGUCACCGUCGCCAAGCCCACCGCUUCCGCUCCCGGUGCCCCUGGUGCCCCUGGUGCCGGUGUCCCCGCCUUCCCCUCCGAGGUCCCCUCCGGCGGCAACCCCGUCCCCCCCGUCGUCAACGCCCCUGCCGUCCCCAGCGGCACUGCCCCCGCUGGCACUGCCCCCGCUGGCACCGGUGUCUCGCUUGCUCCUUCUAGCGCUCCCUCAACCUACAGCAUGCCUGCGCCGCCUGCUCAGACUGAGCCUGCCACUGGCGGCUCUGAGCCCUCGGAGGUCCCCGUCACUGCUGGUGCCGGACGCAACGUUGUUGCGAUCGGUGUGCCCGCGUUGAUGGCUGCUUUGGUUCUUGCUUUGUAAAUUUUUGAUAUGCAUGUGGGAGGAAUGUUGAAUGGAGAAUGAAAUGCACAAUGGGUGUACAUGGAAGAAGAAGAAGAAGAACUUUUGGACAUGCAUGAUUAGCAAGCUUUUUUUUGGACAUAUUAGGAAGUCUUUUUACAUAGUGUACAUGCACGAUUGUUUGUACCUACUACUGCAUGUCUUUUUCAUUCAUGUCCAUGGUGUUUUCCCAUUCUCUCUGCAUGCAUUCAUCCUAAAAAUAUCCUUGGGGUCUAUGGAGGAGGCAAAGCAAGCGAGCAUAUCUGAUUUUCAUUUUCAUUUCUUUUUUUAUCUGUCACUUGUUUCCUAGAGUAAGAAUUCGCCUGCAUCAACCUUGCCAGUAUCGAAAAGCAGCUGAACGACUACCUCAUGCCCAGUUAUCGCCGCUCGAUACAGCGCUGUCUGUCCAUUCUCAUCCUUAGCACCUGCGCCAACCUUGCCAGUAUCGAGAAGCA